GUUGCUUACACCUUCGCUGAGCCUCCGUUAUACCAUCUUUUCACUCUCCAACCAUACACGCACGCACUUGACUCACCAAUUGCAGGCUUGGUGGCGCUCAUCCUGUCCAAAGCGCUUCGAGGUCUCCUGCGCAGCACGAACAUCUGUUUUCACCAUGCAAAUUUCACCCAAGAAGGCAGCUGCUGGAUCAAGGGAUUGGAGAUACCCAGCCAGAUCUCCGCUUCCCGUUGGAUACUUUGACCGAAGACAGGCUACACGCAGUGUGGAAGAACUCCCGCUCUCCUCUUCCCAGCGGUCGUCGUCCGCACAGGCUGCGACCCGACCGCACGAAUUCGAUCCCCACGAGCUCAAUCGCGACUCACCAUUGGGAGCUCAAACGGAUGACUCUAACUUGUCCAAGCGCGUGCUCAGGUACGAUGUGCAGCACGCUCAACGCUUGCAGCCUAUGCGCAGCGCACCCGCGAUGAGGGUCGACGUCCCGUUGGCCGUUACGCGCAAGGAGCGAGCCAAGACGGAUCCAGUCGCCGGAUCCAGAGCCCUUCGAGAGAUCAUCGACAUUUUCGACGCGCACUUUGCGCAGGUGAAUGAAGAUGCUCGAUCUCGGCCUGCACAAGACAAGAGGUCAAAGACGAAUCGCGCCAAGAGCCUGGAGUUGAAGCUGAGCAGGGGAGGCACAUCGAGCACAUGGAGCAAUGCCGACGAAUCGCCUUCUCCCCGAGGCGCUUUUCAGCGCGCUCCAAACGAGAUCGUGCCAGUCGCUCUCACUGGUCCCAUGGUACACGGCCCGAAAGCAACCGCAGCACCGCACGCUGGCAAAGACAGGAGCUUGAUCCCGGUCAGAAAUUUCUGCCAUCCUAUCCGUGAGCGCACUUCGCUGGAAGAUCCAAUCUGCGCACCUAGGCCCGGAGCAAGUACGCCGGACCAACGCCGUGCCCGCAUGCCACCGUCAGCACCUUCUUCGCCGGUACAAGACUUGUCCUAUCCGCCCGCCCCAGCAACGUCGCUCGAGGAACAGCGACAGCACAGCAAAGCGCCAGCACGGAAUACCCCAUCUCCCGCUAGCAAGAUGUGGCGAAAGAUGAAUCCCCUCACAGCCUUCGUGCAGCCACCACCGCCGCCGCCGCCGCCGAUUCCGGCUCCGAGUGCAGAAUCCGAGAAGACGUCACCCUUUGCCAGCGUGGAAAUCCUCGAGCUUCCGCAGACAUUGCCCUCCUAUCCCCGCAAGAGAUCCUUGACCCUGAGCACUCUCGUCUCGUCUUCGGUCGCUCCUGCCUUGCGGACGACAAGCCCGUCUGCCUCUGCUCAGAAUCAAAAACGGUCGGCUCGAGCAGUCCAUCACGAGGCUCGUGCUCAGCUACUCAGCAUUGCUUGAACUUGGAGGCCCUUCGGCACCCGUCCUAGGGGGACUGCAGCAUAGGUACAAGCCUGUCGGCUCGCCGGUGUGCAAACGUCGAGCAGCCAUCCGAUGGCGAACGCAGCUCGAGCCAGUGUUCUCGUCUAACAGGUCUUCUAUUUCGGUCAAAUCGUGCCAAUGCGCUGCGGUGCUCGAUCCGAUGGUAGUCUACAACUCUUCUAGAGCCCUGCAUACACCUUCCAGCGUGGUAGAUGUGGAGAGCGACGCUGCCACCUUCCAGAAGCUGUG